AUGCUUUUAAAUCGACAGUCGCCCGCAAGAGGUGCAACUUCACAAAGAGCAAAGACCAACAUCAUCAUGAUUUCCUGCUAUGAUAGGCGACGGAUAAAAGUAUUCAAUAUUGUAGUAAUGAUUGUAUGGUCAAGUCAUUUGUCCUAUGCAGAUGGAUCGUGUGCCUCAAAAGGGGACAUUGUUUUUCUUCUUGACGAAUCUGGAAGCAUUGGCUCAAGCAAUUUUGAGCGGAUCAAAUCUUUUGUAAGCACCAUUGUCGGCCAAUUCAGUGUUGGAAACGAUACAAAUCAGUUUAGCGUCGUCAAUUUUGAAUCAUCUGCAAGAGAAAUUUUCCCCUUGAACAGAUACCAAACUGUGUCAAGUAUUCAGUCAGCUAUUUCUAUCAUCAGUUUCUCAAGUGGUGGAACAAGCAUAGGUAGUGCCCUUAACUAUGCCCGAAUGUACUCUUUUACAACCACUAGAGGUGCACGAUUGGAUGCGGCAAAGAUAGCAGUUCUAAUAACAGAUGGUCAAAGCUCUCUUUCUGACGAGCCUGAACGUCUAAAAGCAAUGGGAGUCACCAUCUUCUGCGUCGGUGUUGGGACAGGUGUGAAUUCCGCUGUGCUUCGCUCAGUGGCUACACACAACGACUACACAUAUUUGACCACAUUUGACGUGCUCAAUCUCAUAGCGGAGGAAUUAUCAAAUAGGACGUGUGCAGAUGAUAUCAAUGAUUGUCUUGGGGAACCUUGUCUAAAUGGGGGAACUUGUGAAGACCAGUUUGGAAAAUACGUGUGUCAUUGUCAAGGAGGGAAUACAGAUCCCAACUGUUACCUGCCAGGUUUGCCAAAUGUAACACUAGGUUCUAGUGUUUUGGUAUAUUCAGGUUCAACAGCAACACUCUAUUGUUACGUCACAAGUUUAACAACGGUCUCCUCCAUCAUAUGGCUAUACCAGAAAUAUGGGGUCACUUCAGUGGUAAGCACAGGAGAUACUUCAAAAUAUAGUGGUGGAACUGUUGGAACACCCUCUCUCUCCGUAAAGAACGUUCAAGUAACGGAUGUAGGAAACUACAGAUGUCAGGCACAAAAUACGGCAGGAAUUGGCCAAAGCGAACAAAUGAUAUAUUUGGAUUUGAGACAAGGUUAUCCAAGUGUUGUAACCACCCGAUCCUAUGCUGUAAAUGCAAGCAGCAACGUGACAUUGACAUGCAAUUUUACGUCAUCCUACCCACCAGUGCAGAUGAUGCAAUGGUAUAAAUAUGACAGCGAUAUAACAACUGGUCUGACGGGAAAAUAUGUAGGGGGAACUCUACAGAACCCCUCCCUUACCAUCACAGACUUCCAGCCCGACGAUCAAGCAAUUUACAAGUGCUCAGCAUCCAAUUCAUACGGGACGAGAAAUAGUUCAGAUAUCGUCGUGUAUCUACAUGUAGAUGGAGGUGUUCCAGUUAUCUUAACAGGACAAAAUAUGACUGGCUCGUCUGGCACAACAUUGACAAUUCCCUGUACUGUUAUGGGCGGAUCAAUAAGUAGAGUCUUCUGGACGUUUCAACCCAGUGACCAGGACAAUGAAACAGAAAUAAUAUUUUCUUAUUCCAAAUUUUACUGGUACUCUUCAUCACCCUCUUUACGAAUUUAUUAUUUGAAUACCUCUGAUAUAGGAUUCUACAGAUGUUGUGCUAACAGUUCAAGUGGCCUUGGACGAAGUACACCAGUAUAUGUUACUCUCAGGGGGAAAACAAUUAACGUGGAUAUGUAUACAUAUUCGGUUUACACCGGUGAUGACGUCAUGCUCUCUGUGUCCAUCUUCUCCAUGCCCGACGCCAUAAAUAUCACUUGGAUGUUUAGCACGAUAUAUUACUAUUCAUUUUACUACUACGCCGCCCUGGAUCUGACGUCAGACGUUAGAUACGAUGGCGGAACCGUGUCGUCACCUUCGCUGGUCAUACGUAACGUCACAGCUUCGGAUGGCGGUUAUUAUAUCCUUAGACUGACCAAUGUCGACGGCACGAUCUACUCGUCAAGGAUUACUCUGAGUGUUCAAAAAAGUAAUAAUGAGACACUUCCUCUGACAUCUGACCUUAUAAAGUUUCAAGUUUUCAGAAUGCGGGCAACAAACCGGGACGGUACAACGAUCAGCUCAUUAAUUUAUUUAUACGUCAAUACAAGACCCCCUGUAGUGUCGGUGGGAAAGACCUCGUUAACAGCUGCGACGAUAGCCUCUAUUUCACUCCAAGUAAACUAUACUUCCGGUCCAGAAAUGAAAUCAGUUUCAUGGGAAAAAGGGAGCAGCUUUUACUCUUUUCUGUAUGUCUCAAUGAAUAUAACGACAAACAGUCGCUUCACCGGGGGUACGAUCGAUAGUCCCUCCCUAGAAAUAAAUGAUCUGAAAUUAGAGGAUAGUGGAUAUUACCGAUGUCGUGUUACCAAUAAUGACGGGACUACCACGACGCCUGUGUUCACUGUUCUCGUGCAGAAACAACUAGCAAAUGUCAAUGUAGGAGCCACGACAUACACCGUAUCGUUCGGAAACAAUGCGACGUUAUAUGUGACCAUCACCAAUUCGGAAAGUAACUCAACUAUCACCUGGGAACGAAAGGGUCAAAAUGAGGCUAAUUACAAUGUUAUCAACACGCAGACAAACGUCAAGUAUGGAGGGGGUACAUUAGUGUCCCCCUCUCUUACCAUUUACAACAUUACAGAGGCUGAUGUUGGGUAUUAUCGCUGUAAAGUUACAAAUAUAGAUGGUACAACAUCCAGCUCAUUGAUCUAUAUCGGUCUUAAGAGUCCUGACGAUUCCAGUUGUGACAAGCUAAGUUGUGGAGGUCUCAGAGAAUGUGUUUUAAUGAACAAUAAACCUACCUGUUCUGUGUCGACCUGGAAAGCGGCAGCUGUGGCGGUAGCAGGUACUGUGGGCGCCGCCGCUUCUGUGGCUGCAGGGGUGGUCGCCUUAAAGUCACUGACAAGCAAGGCAAUACAGCCACUAAAUGGGAAUUCCCAAGGAUCCAACUCAAACUCGAAUAACAGGAACAACAGAAACAACAAUGAUAACAACGAUCAUAACAGUGACAACAACAACAGUGAUGACGACAGAGAGAGUAACCAUGACGACGACAUGCCGGACCCUAACUACAUCGGGGGGUUCCAGGGGGUCAUCAACUCCAUGCCUCCUCCCAAUAUGUAAUCUGGUCGUGUCUGAUUGACCAAAGUCUAAAUGGUCUUUAAGGGGCGGUUAUGUCACGAUUUUAAUCAAAAAUUAUUAUAAGACAUUUAUAAUAGGCAACAAAAUUUGAGGGUCAAUUGUUGAGGUAUAAAACAGUCACAGAGUUUACAAUUCUUUGCACUGUAAACAAAGCUUUCGUUUACAUUUUGAAUGUUGAAGUGAAAAUUUCUGUUUCGACAAAGUAGCUACGUAUUAUUUAAGCUUAAAAUGAAGAGGAAGAUUAAACACUUCCUUGAAAAAGAUUCUUUUGCUGCUAUUGUGAACCUAUGUAAACAGAAAAACAAGACACGAGCCUUGUUCACAUGACAAAGAAUUGAGAGCCCUGUCACUUGCUUAUAAUCCUACGACUGACUCUCAAAUUCUAUUUGAUCAUUAGAAAUGCAUUUUUAAAGCAUUGUUAAUAAUAAUAACAGAAAGAUAUUUGAGCAAAAUCGUGAUCAUGCCCCUUUAAAACUUGGAUACAUUUUACUGUACUACAUGUAGCAGCAUUAGUUAUGUGAUUAUCGUUUGAUAAUGCAAGAUUAGAUUAGCUUAUUCCUUACACGUGCACUACACUGGGUGUCUGAUUUAGAUUUAAUUAGCAUAUUAAUUAAUAUUAUAAUAUCUAUAUAUCAAUUAAUGUUUGCGUUAUUUUGAAUGUCUGAAGAAAAAGGUAUUAAUCAAUUUAUUAAUAAACUAUUGGAUAAUGAUACAAGUAGACUUUUCAUACGUAAAAAAAAUAAUAUAAUCUUUCGUCAAGUUAUUUCGAUAGACUUGGGGUUGUUUGAAGGAAACUGUUGACCAAGGGAGCUACAAAUAAUUAUCGAUACUACAUGAACUCGAGAGCUCGAAAUAGCAGUUACUUACAAGUACUGAUAGUGAAACACUAAUCUUCCAUAAUAAGUUUAACGUUAAAAUUAAAAUACAUACUAAGAUUGCGGCUAAUUUUGAAUUAUUGAAAAUUAAAUACUUAUAUUAAGUGUAAUUGAAGGUUUUGGCCAUGAGUUUAAUAAGCAGGUUCGUCUCUGAAAAAGCAACCAACCGAUCAAAUCGUUUAAAACAAAUCUUUACAUGUAAGCAUGAAAAAAGGAAGUGUAAAGGAACAAUAAACAGAAUUUUAUUGAGAAUGCAAGGGAAAUACAACUAUCUGGAUAAUUGU